AUGACCGAGAAUAAAGUGUCUCAUUAUAUUGUGUUUCACAAACUUACCAAAGGUCUCUUGACUUUCGCAGGACUUUGGCCUUACGAAAAUUCAAAUUAUUUCUACAAAAUCCUACCGUACAUUGAAUUAAUCAUAAGUAUAGGAAUCGUGAUAGCAAUUUUUGGUUUCGUACGCCAACAUUUUUCCAGUGUUAGUCUGGUUACUCGUGGCCUAAGUAUUAUGACAAGUUUCAUUACAGUCAUUUUGAAACUAAAAUGUAUGUCGACAUAUCGAGAAGAUUUAAAGGAGUUGCAUAAUUACCUUGACUCUUCCUUCAGUGCAUUCCUUGAAAAUUCAAAACUAACAAAACCUAUUUUGAAAAAAGUUCAAAUUUUUACAAACUUAUCGGUCGUUUUUACUGUAUGUGUUUUAAUUUCCGUGUGUUUUUACAUUAUAAACCCAUUAAUUUUUAUAAUACAGCAUUAUAAACUCACGGGAGUAAAGUAUCCCUUAAUUUAUCCGAGUAGUUAUCCUUGGGAAGUGCCACCAAGUGGAUUUUACUAUCAACUUCACUUUGUUUUUGAAUUACUCGCAUCAUGGACAUUGCUUCUCGUCACUACGGGUAUCGAUUCUUUAUUUACCCUUUAUAUUUUUAUGAUGAUUGGCCAAUUGCGUGAAAUGUCCUAUUCUAUAACACACAUUGACAAUACUCAGGACAAAGAUCUUGUGAUCCGUAAGUGUAUUGACCAAUACGAAAAGUUACUAAGAGCUAAAUCUAUAAUUGAAACCCUUUUUGGGCCCGUAAUUUUGUGGAUCAUUGGAACAAAUGCAAUUGUACUGUGCACGCUACUGUUCCAAAUAACGCAGAUGAAAAGUAUAUCGAUGCUACGAGGAAUGUUAUUCAUCACAUACUUUACAUUGAAGAUUGUCCAAACUUUUAUGUACGCGUGGAGCGGCUCUUGUUUAACUGAAGAGAGUGAAAAAUAUCGUUAUGCGGUUUACGCAUCUAAUUGGUACGGCGACAAGCGUCUUAUUACUACUGCAAUUAUUACGAUGGCUCAAAAGCCAUUGACGCUGACUGCUUGCAACUUCGGCGUAGUUUCAAUUGAUAUUUUUGUUAUGGUACUUAAUACGACAGUGUCGUAUUUUUUCCUACUACAAACUCUGGAUCAGUGAUGAUUGCUAUUACUAGUACGUUGAGAUGGUG